UCCACACUCGACCUAGAAGUUAAACCAACUUAGCUUGGCAUCGAUCAAAUUCAAUCGUCCAUUGAAUUUGAUACGAUCGGUCGCGUCUUCUCCUUUUCCGAUCCUCACAGUACCGUCCGCAAGGAUUAUCCACGCACAUACGCACCCCAAAGGAUUACCUCCGCACCCGGGAUUAUUGCAACUGCCGUUUGUAGCAGUCCGAAAGUGUACACCAUGAGAAGUGCACUGUUCGUCUUGGCGCUUUGCGCUGUGGCUGUGGCCACCGCAUCGGCCGAUACCCAUGAGCGCAAGACUCGUGCCGCCGAAGGAUACUUCUACCCCACGCCUCAAGUGCCGUUCGAUCUGCCCGUGCGCACCACCCAGCCCCCCACCCGGCCGCCAACGCGCCCUCCCACCAGGCCACCAACUAGGCCACCCACCAAGCCACCAACGCGGCCUCCUCCGACUUACCUGCCGCCCACGAAUAAGCCACCACCACCGGUGACCACUCGUCUGCCUCCUCCACCACCACCACCAAGGACUCCUCCUCCAACCAGGCCACCAACUAGGCCACCAACCACUCGUCCACCAGCAACUUACUUGCCACCCACCAACAAGCCACCACCACCGGUGACCACUCGUCUGCCUCCUCCACCACCACCACCAAGGACUCCUCCUCCAACCAGGCCACCAACUAGGCCACCAACCACUCGUCCACCAGCAACUUACUUGCCACCCACCAACAAGCCACCACCACCGGUGACCACCCGUCUUCCUCCUCCACCACCACCACCAAGGACUCCUCCUCCAACCAGGCCUCCAACUAGGCCACCAACCACUCGUCCACCAGCAACUUACCUGCCACCUACCAACAAGCCACCAGCACCAGUGACCACCCGUCGUCCAACUCCACCACCAACCAGGCCACCACCACCACCAACCCGUGCAUCGACUCCGGCUCCAACUUACUUGCCGCCUACCAACAAGCCACCACCACCGGCCACCACUCGUGCCACCGUCCGCACCACCAUCCGCACUACUCCUCGACCUACUCUGCCACCUACCAGGCCACCAACUCGCCCACCAACCACCUACUUGCCUCCCCCAACUGUGCGCACCACUCGCCCACCUCCACCACCCACUCGUCCCCCGACUAGGCCACCAACCACCUACUUGCCUCCCCCAACUGUGCGCACCACUCGUGCCACCCCACCACCAACUCGUCCCCCAACCUACCCACCUACCACUCGUCGUCUGACGACCCCGGCUCCUACUUACCUGCCACCCACCAACAAGCCACCACCACCGGCUACCACUCGUGCCACCGUGCGCACCACCAUCCGCACCACUCCUCGUCCAACUCUGCCUCCUACCAGGCCACCAACUCGCCCACCAACUACCUACUUGCCACCCCCAACUGUGCGCACCACCCGUGCCACCCCACCACCAACCCGUCCCCCAACUCGUGCCACCCCACCACCAACCCGUCCACCAACUCGUCCUCCCCCAACCUACCUGCCACCCACCAACAAGCCACCAGCACCAGUGACCACCCGUCGUCCAACGCCACCUCCCACUCGCCCACCAACCCGUGCAUCCACUCCUGCUCCUACUUACCUGCCACCCACUAACAAGCCCCCACCACCGGCCACCACUCGUGCCACCGUGCGCACCACCAUCCGCACCACUCCUCGUCCAACUCUGCCUCCUACCAGGCCACCAACUCGUCCACCAACCACCUACUUGCCUCCCCCAACUGUGCGCACCACCCGCCCACCUCCACCACCCACUCGUCCCCCAACCAGGCCACCAACUAGGCCACCAACCACCUACUUGCCUCCCCCAACUGUGCGCACCACUCGUGCCACCCCACCACCAACUCGUCCCCCAACCUACCCACCUACCACUCGUCGUCUGACGACCCCGGCUCCUACUUACCUGCCACCCACCAACAAGCCACCACCACCGGCUACCACUCGUGCCACCGUGCGCACCACCAUCCGCACCACUCCUCGUCCAACUCUGCCUCCUACCAGGCCACCAACUCGUCCACCAACCACCUACCUGCCUCCCCCACCAGUGCGCACCACCCGCCCACCUCCUCCACCGACUCGUCCCCCCACCUACCCACCCACUACUCGUCGUCUGACGACCCCGGCUCCUACUUACCUGCCACCCACCAACAAGCCACCCCCACCGGCCACCACUCGUGCCACCGUGCGCACCACCAUCCGCACUACUCCUCGCCCUACUCUGCCUCCCACGAGGCCCCCAACUAGGCCACCAACCACCUACCUGCCACCCCCAACAGUGCGCACCACCCGCCCACCUCCUCCACCCACUCGUCCCCAACCCGUCCCCCCUACCCGUCCACCAACCACCUACCUGCCACCCCCACCAGUGCGCACCACCCGCCCUCCUCCACCACCCACCCGUAAGACCACCGUCUACGUGCCCCCACCAACCGUGCGCACCACCGUGUACGUGCCACCCCCGACUCAGCGCACCACAGUCUACGUCCCACCCCCACCAACCAAACACCAGGGCUACUCGUACCCCGUGCCCAGCAUCCCCUUCACCUUCUAGACUUAUAGAUCUAGAGAUGAUUAGGGAUAGGGCCUUCGUCUAGGGCUAGAUUGAUCUAGUCAAUACUCGUACAGUCUAACGUUACACGAUCAGCCGCCAGCGGUGCUAGAGGGCGCCACUGGGGCGCCUGCAAGGACGACACUUGUUUGUUUUUAUUUUAUUUUUGUAAUUAAUGAAUCGCAUACUCAUACAGCUAGGGAUCAUUGUAAAUGAGUGCCCCAAUUGUACAGCUAACAGUCUAUCCAACUCUUGCUAUGUUCUACCACUACGCUACGAUCGAUGGGCGGCCGUCGUCUGUGACGGACGCCAGCUCAAGACUAUAUAGCUCUAUAUUACGAUUAAAUAAACCUUUUAUUCGGAUCGCUGAAACCUGAACAAUAAAAUAAGUUUUUCGAAUAUUUA